GCCCGCCAUAUGGUCCAAUGAUGGCCGCAAGGUGGUUCUCUCAUUCUGGGAGGACGUCAUAUGGCGUCCUUUCAUUCUCACCGCGCAUGCGCGGCUCAGGGAGCGCACAGCACGGCGAUCAGCGCGGAUCACCGAUCUACAGAAAGAGCCGAAGAUGCCAAUCAGUGCCACCUAUCAGUGCUGCCAAUCAGUGCCACCUAUCAGUGCCAGUCAGUGCCGCCUAUCAGUGCCCGUCAGUGCCUCCUAUCAGUGCCACCUAACAGUGCCAGUCAGUGCUGCCUAUCAGUGCCAUAUAUCAGUGCUGCCUUUCAGUGCUCAUCAGUGAUGCCUGUGAAUGCCCAUCAGUGCCAC